AUGCAUCCACGGAUAUUGACCGUCCUCGACUAUGAUAUCGAUACUCAUCUAAAUCGCGUCGUUCCUCAUUCCCGUAUAUCGAGGCUUCCAAAGCCUAUAUCGCGGUUUCUAGGAUAUCGAUCAGAGGAAUACAAAGAACCGCCGCGUUUAGUCGUUGUUUUCUGGUCGUUUCUGGGGUCCCUACUUGGACUUCUGAUCAUAGGCGCUAUCUACAAGUAUGCUCCUGGAAUUACAAAAUGGCAUCCUCCGAUCAUGAUUGCGAGUUUGGGUGCUUCUGCUAUCUUGGACUACAACUCCAUCCGAACACCACUUGCACAACCAAGGAACGCCAUCCUAGGGCAGACCUUCUCGGCCUUGACAGGAGUCAUCAUCCAUAGAUUGUUCCAUCUCAACUCAAACUGGGAGGAUCUCCAAUGGGUUGCAGGCGCAGUCGCCUGCGCUGUAUCUUCUGCCAUCAUGGCUACGACAAACACUGUACACCCUCCAGGAGGCGCAACUGCUGUCCUGGCUACGACAAACGCCGAUAUCAUCGCUAUGGGCUGGAUUUACAUCCCUUUCGUAAUCAUGAGCUCAGUUAUCAUGUUGACCCUCGCAUGCAUAAUCAACAACAUCCAACGAGCAUACCCAGUGUACUGGUGGACACCAGCAAAUCUAAGGAAGGAGAAAAAUAUCGAAGACCUUGAGAAGGUGCCCACCAAUAACAGUGAGAAGGUGCUAUCAGGCCAGCCAAUGGGCAGAGCUUCGGAUGUCAGCCCGGAUUCUGUUGUCAUAUCACCACAUCAUCUCUACAUCCCUGACAGCUUCGACUUGGAUGGCGACGAGUUGGCUGUGUUGUCACGACUACAAGCUCGUCUCCGGUGGGACGCCGCUAUGGAUGAACGGCCUCGAGCCCAGUCAAACGGGAGCUGA